GAGCAUAGUAAAUAAUAAGUAUUAAAUUAUAUAAUAUUAUCGUAAAAACUAUCAAAAAUCUCAAAUUUUUAUUUUCAUCUAUGAUAUCUUAAGUUUUCUAUAUAAAAUUUUUUAAAAAAAACAGAUAACAAAAAUUAAUUAGAACAUAUUUCACUAUAAAAUGAAUUAAAAAUAUGAUAUAUUAUAUAUAUAUACGAAAAAUAAAUUGUUAAGACAUUCAAGUUAGUAGAAUUUGAAUAUUUCACUGUCGGUGAAUGCAAUUUCUGUUGAAGAAAUUUAAUAUACAUUUUUGUUAAAAAAAAAUUGAACUGUAAUAAAUAAAUAAUAAUUAGACUAUCAGAUAAGUAAACCAAAUUAUGUAGGUUAAAAGAGUUGUAUUGUAUGUAUAAAACAUUGGCCAUGAGGCAAUGAUGCCAAUAAGAAUUAAGAAGCAGCAUCUAUACUUUCUAGAUUUGUUUGUUUUCACAAUGCGUAGGGAAAAGUAAUAGUUGGAUAUUUGCACAAAAUAAAAAGAAAAUUUUACAUUUUGGAGACUUUGUAUUGUUUUUUUUUGAACAAAAUAAUACAUUUUGGAGGCUUUGUAUUAGUAAUAGCAAUGGAAAUAAUACAAAAUGUUUGUAUUGAACGUAAAUAUAAAAUCUAAUAAAUAAGUAAGUAAACUGUACAUUAUUCAACUAUUUUCCUAUUAAAAUCUUUCUUGAAACUCCAUAUAUAAAGCAUAGAAAUUCAUAGAAGAAUAUCAUACAUAAUUGUAUUCUCCCCUUGUUAGCUUUCUCUUUAUUCUCUCGUUAUCUCUUUUUGGAAACCAUGCCAGUGGUGGGCAAGGAGAAGGUAACAUGGAUGAAGUUGACGACGAAACCUCUUGACAAGGAGGAGAACUUCAGUAAAGUCAAGAGGGCUCUUUGUAGCCUGACUCAAAUAAGAGACCAACGGUUCGACGAUAACGAAACAGUCACGAUCAAAGUGGUUUGUUGCAGUCCUGAAAAAGUUGCGGACAAACUCUGCAAAAAGGGAGGUGGAGCUAUCAAGAAGAUCGAGUAUGGUAUCGAAAACCCUAUGGCACCAAAGCCUAAGGCACCUGAAAAGCCUAAAGAAGCAGAGAAGCCAAAACCAGCUCCAGCUCCAGCUCCAGCUCCAGCUCCAGCUCCAGCUCCAGCUCCAGCUCCAGCUCCAGCUCCAGCUCCAGCUCCAGCUCCAGCUCCAGCAGCUUCCAGUUCUCAAACAAUGAUCAAUAAUUCAGAGCCGGGUCACCCGAUGUAUGGUGGGUCUUACAACGGCUAUUACCAAGAAUAUAGGUCUUACCCGGAGACGCAGUGGGGUCAGCCGAUGUAUAAUGGAUAUCCUUCAAGACCCAUUUAUGAUAGCUAUGGAGGUGGAGGUUGGUACGGAGAUGAGACCGGCUCAUCUUGCACUAUUAUGUGAAGUCUUGAUAUCACACACAUUAUUACCUUACCUAUCUAACUAGUUUAUUUAAUUUAGGCUUUUUAAAAUGUUUUGUUUCAUUGUUUACAAUACACUAACGAUGCUUCUUUAAUUAUAUAUAUCACAUCUAAGUAUACAUAUACAACUGCUAUAAGUUAUGGUUUAAAAUUUUAAACAAUUUGAACGAACCAAACCAAAAUUGCAUGGAAAUAACUGGUUUUUAUACCAAACCGAAUAAACAAUGUGACUGAUUCGGUGUAAUCAGUUCCAUAUCCAGAAAAAAAAAAGAAAAGAAUUCGUAGCGAAACUGAACGAAGAUUUAUGAUUUUGAAGUUGUAUAUACUUAAACCUAUUAGAAACUGAACCUGGCUCAACCAACCACUAAACCGAACCUGGUUUAAACAUACCAAAAAACGAACCUGGUUAAACCAGACUUUUUUUCUGAACUAAACCAGACAAAAUAAAAACAUUUUGAACAUCUCCAGAGGGAAUGAACAAAAAAAAAACGCUUACUUAACGGCCUAUAUCCAAACCUCUUCCUACAACUUGAUAAAAUAGUGAAGUUCAAAAGAAAAAC